AUGGAGGGUUCCACUUGCAGAUCUUUGGUUGGAGUGAUACCCGAUGCACCACCUAAAAAAUUUUGUGCCGAUUCUCCACAACUUGAAUCAGUGGCGCGAAGCGUCGUCUCUGAAGCAGAACAGCGCAUUACCGACCUGGAGGAAAUAAAACGACGGUCGUCAGAAACUCACCAAUUAAUUCUCCGCCGGCUUGAAGAAUACCACAGCUAUGCAUUAUAUCAUAAAUCCUUCUUCGCGCCCAUUUUUCAUUUCCCCUUAGAACUCUUAUCGGAAAUAUUCGUCAUCUGCGUCACAGACUCUGGUGUCUCAUGUCUAUCUACCCUGAGGAAAGUCUGUCGCCGCUGGCGCGACACCGUGCACUCUACUCCUCGUCUUUGGAACCGCCCCCCACGCAUCUCCGCUAGUCCGCGCCUUGAAACCGAACCUUCCCGUCUGGAGCUACAUCUCACGCUGGCGAGGGACCUGCCACUAUCAAUUGAUGUUUCCAUCCACCAAUGGUGUGUUAUGGUGACACCGAUGCUAAAAACACUCGUCACCCAUUCUGACCGAAUCGGAGAGCUGAAAAUUCAUUGUGACUGGAAGGGACUUCGUCUUCUUUCGGGAAUGUCCUCAAGGCUUUGCAACCUUCGUACUCUUGAGCUUAGAAUUAAUAAUGGCAUCGAGAACACUGACAUUGCGAUAUUUUCGAUUGCUCCUCAACUUCGUGAUGUUUGUCUCCUGCCAAGCAGGUCUGGAUAUCAGUUUUCUAGGCUAGGACUUCCGUGGGCUCAGCUGAAAACGGUCACCAUUCGAUGGCCCGACCUUGAUUAUGCGUGGAUGGUGUUAUCGAAAGCUCCGCACAUGGAAAUGUGUACUUUCAUUCAUGUUGAAAACGCUGGAAAUCCCCGUGGAAUUAUUCGACACACAGGAUUGAAAGAUUUAUCCUUCAAGAAGUUUCCGUGCAAUCCACAGGCCGUUUUUCCUGCAUCACUUUUCGACAAUCUUGCCCUGCCAAAUCUCAAUAGCCUACUUGUUCAGCUCGACGAGCUGACAAUUGAUCCAAUAAUCGCGUUAAUAGCGAGAUCAGGGUGCAGAUUAACAAAGCUAGCCCUGAACUCUUACUUUAUCGAGGGUUCACUGAGGGCGUUGUUGGUCGAGACUCCCUCACUUACCCAUCUGGAAGUGGAUCACCUCUGGCCUACCAGUAUCAAAGAUCUUACCAUUGAUAAGGACUCAAAGAAUGACCCUAUAGCCCCCCACCUCCGGGUUAUUCAGGUCAGGAAGUUCAAUUACGUGGAUGAGCCCUGGUGUUUAUUGCUAAACACCUUGAUUGGAUCUCGGGUUGACUCCCUUCAGUCAAUUCAAGAGAUUCAUCUCAAUUUUGACGAUCAAUCCCACGCAUUCCAGGUUUACGGCCAUUUACGUGGUAUCCCGUGGACGCCUUCCGGUGAUUUUGGAUAUGACUUCACGGUUGACUGGGCGCGGUCCCUUCGCAAGCUGACAAGGAGCUCAUUGCCUCCUAAAGAUGAUGCUAUUACUUCCCUAAAUGACAUUCUUGACGAAAUGGAUGAUUACAGAUUUAUUGAAUGGCAGCCAUACCUCGCGACUUCAGCGAUUUAUGACAAUGUGGUCGACAUCUGCUCUUUGACUGGAAACCAUCUUGAACGAUUACGAGGCUGGUGUGAGGUACAAGCGAGGAUCCGACGAUUGCUCAAAUAUUGGACAGCACUUCGAGAAGAAUAUAGGGAAUUUCCUCAAAGUAUUUGGAAGAAACAAAACUAUCUGCUAGCGCUCUCUCCCGUAUUUUACUUAGCCCCGCAUACAAGUUAA